AUGGGUCACCCAACACGUCGUUGCCCCAUCUUCUGCACCGUAGACAUUCCAACCUCAGAGCUAGACAUUUUUCUAAAUAUUACCGAGGAAUACAAGUUCGGUACCCCGCAAGUCUUUCAAAGCGGCGGUUUUGACAUCUCUAAUUGGAUGGUAAUAAUGACCUCGGAAGACGUAUCUGAAAUUCCUCAUUCCUUAACUCAACCGAUUCAGCCUUUCCGAUCGCCAUUCCUUGGAAAGAGCAUUGAGGAGAUUGCUGCAUGGUACGAUGCCAAUAUUAUCCAACCCAAAGUUCCCGGGUUCUAUUCUGGAGCGUUUAUUGUAAUGGAUGAAGAUGCCCUCCAGCAGCAAAUAUGUGCUGUCGUCAACAUGAAGAAAGGCCUCCAAAACAUCGAGCUUCUCGGAUGCGAGUGGAUCCUUGCGUUGCAUAUGGCCAGCAUUCUCAAUUUGAAUCAUCCGUUCGAAGAUGCAGUGAUCGAAAAGUACAUGAGGAACAACAUCCUCAUGACGUUAGAAAAUUUGGAACUAGCCAUGAAUUCAGGACGGUAUUUGGAAGGGAUGGAAGUCAAAAUCAACGAGGAGUGGAAGGACUUCGACAACUGGUGA